UUAUCAAGUACUUGUUGGAAAAUCUUAAAAGAGAAAUAUUGCAAGCUGAGAGGUCUUUACUCCAUGCAGCUGCUUCAUUCCCAAUGUAUGGCAGAGUACACUGUAUAACUGGGGCUUUGUGUCAAUUAAAUCAUAUGACAUUGACCAGUGAAUGGAAGGAAGUAGUGAGAAAACUUAUUCUGAUGUCCUACAAACUUUCUGCUGUAGUAUCUCCUGUAGUUCAGAGUUCAUCUCCAGAAGGUCUUAUUCCAAUGGAUACUGACUUGGAAACAUCAGAGAGAUUGCAGUCUAUUCUACUUGAGAUACAGCCAUGUGAUACAAAUGAUUACUUCACAGAAGCAAAAUUGUUAAAAGAAUAUUACGGACCAGACUGUGGUGAUGGGAGAGCUUCAAACGUUUGUACUGAAAUUAAAGGUAAAGAACAACAUACAAAUGAUGUCACAGCUCAAAUGGUGUUGGUAUGUUGCUGGCGAAGCAUGAAGGAGGUUUCAUUACUUCUAGGGAAGUUAUGUCAGCUUCUACCUGAACAGAUUCUUCCUAGUUGUUCAGAUGCACUGAUAACAGUGGAUCAG